GUAUUCAAAGAAAACUCUGCAAUGAAGAAACUCCUUUUGUGCCUUGGCUUUCUCGUUCUCGCACAUGCGAGUCCCAUUUGGGAGAAUGACUACCAGAGCCCGGAGGUACCGUCAAAUGACGAGAAUUGGGCUCUAGUGCCUGAUGGUGAUGGAGCCAUGCAUAUGUUUAAUUUGAAUCAGGAAGAAGAAGCUGCUCCCUUCUUCAAUGCCGACCAAGUUAUCUUCCGCCUCUUUACGCGUCGUAAUCAAAAUACAGGACAAGUCUUGACGCUAAAUAAUGCAGGAUCUGUUUCAAAUUCACAAUUUGUAGCAUCACAUCCUACCAGAUUCAUUAUCCACGGAUGGAAUAACAAUGGUGGUUCAGGCGUUAACACCAACAUCAGGAAUGCUUAUCUGCAACGUGGAGAAUUUAACGUGAUCGUCGUUGAUUGGGGAGCAGGUGCACAGACAGCAAACUACGUUGCUGCCCGCAACAAUAUCAACAUUGUGGGUCCCAGAGUGGCUCAAAUGGUUGAUUUCCUCAAUACACAGGGCAUGGGAUUCGGUAAUGUUGCAGUAAUUGGGCACAGCUUGGGUGGUCAUACAGCUGGUAUUGCUGGCAAGCGUACCUCACGUGGUCGUCUUGCUGCUGUUGUGGCACUUGAUCCAGCACUUCCACUCUUCUCCAUUGAUCGCCCAGCUGAACGUGUUGCACCAGGUGAUGCUAACUACGUCGAAGUGAUGCACACCAAUGCCGGCCUCCUUGGCUUUGAUCUGCCAAUUGGUUUGUCUGACUACUACCCCAACUGGGGACGCACACAGCCUGGAUGUGGUGUUGAUGUUGCCGGCAAUUGUGCUCACGGACGUGCAUGGUUGUUCUUCGCUGAAUCCAUCAACUCUGGACCUGGUUUUGUGUCUCGUCAAUGUCGCAACUACAACGACAUUGUCAAUCAGAAUUGCGUAUCCUCAGGACCUAAUCGUAGGAUGGGCGGUGAACCACUCACAACAGCUGCUAGAGGUGUCUUCUGGCUUCCAACUAAUGGAAAUGCUCCCUUUGCAAGGGGUAAUGCUGUCUAAUCGCGCAAAACCCCCGUUGAACCAAAGAAAAUUGCAACAAGGCUCUCAAUAAAAUUUUUAUAAGUCAGUAAA